GCCGUUCGCGCAGAUCAUGGUUUGCCCCCUUUUGAUGGUGUGAUUGGUUGCAUGAUGCAAUGUGGCAACGAGCGGACCGCUCCCUACGCUAUGGGUUUGACUUACUUCUCAGGAGAUGCUACAAACUCUAGCAUUUGGCAACGCCAAAAGUUACAGGGCUUAGAAGCGUCGUCUGCAGUUCUGGUUGACCAGAAAGCAUUGGCAUCGUGCAACUACGCAUCAGCUUUCAGCACGCUGAGUUGCAUGUCAGAUCUACAAGUUUGCGCCAGCGGGUCAGCGGCUGGCAAUGUGGCCAUCGUCCUGAAACAGCUAGCGGUUCUUGGAGUUCGCAACUGGCACGAAAUUAACUCACUUCGACAGCGCGGCGAUUUGCCCAAGGAGUACCUACACAUUUUCUGCAACACAUCGGACUCCGGACCGGACCAGUCGGGCACCAGGUCAUUCCUACGCACGCUUUUUGCUCAACCAGGGUUUGAGGACUCGCUGUUUGUGGGGAUAGCGUGUUUGAAGCACCAGUAUCACCUUGUAGCCCGGGGUCAGCUCCAGCUGAUUGAUCAGAUUCUGAAAAAAGCCGGGAAGAAAUACAAGUAUUUUUCCAGUUUGGCAACCCUUGGUCAUUCAUGGCGUGGUCACUUGGCAAAGCUUCGCAAAUCAUGGUCAACGCAUUCCAAUCCUCACAAUGAGUACAUUCUGUUCAAAGUGCCCCCGCUGGCAGUGGCUGGAAGAUGGGCGUCCGUUGACAGCGCGGAGCUCUUCUAUUUGCAGUGCGGCCCAUCCAAUGUGGCCAAGCUGCUGACGGACACCUUUUCCUCUGAUCGCCGCUCCGACCAAGCUAUUCAGGAUGCUCAGGCAGAGCCCCGUCAGGCGCGCCCUUCAGAGUCCGAUGCUUUAGAUGAGUUGUCCCUCAACGAAUCUAUGCACUACAAGGAGAAGGUAAGCAAAUACUUGCGAAACAGCCUUAUGUGCGUGCAAGACGCGAUGUUCUGGUUUCUGAUGGCUGUGGCCAACAAAUGCCGGGAGCCCUUAUUACAUUUUUACGCAUGGUUGUGCCAGCCCUCAAGCGAUGACAACUUCAGGUUGGUUCAGUUGGUCACCAGCCACAUUGCCAUCAUUCGUGGGGAGUUUGACGCCUUGUGUGCAUCGUUCGACCAGUGGACGAACGAAGCCUUGACAAAGGCGUUGUCCAUUUUUGGAGCAUCGGAGUUCAGUGAGCGUGAGAAGGGUUUCCUCCUCACAUCCGCGCUGCUCAUUCUCCUGCACAACGCUGCAGCUUUCAAUAGGAGGGUGGCCAGAAAGUUUGCUAUGUCAGGCGCUUAG